GCUCUGCGACAUGGGGACAAUUCAUCUCUUUCGAAAACCACAGAGAUCAAUUUUUGGCAAGUUAUUACAAGAAUUUGGACUUGUAGCAUCUGAUCGAAGGUCCUGGAAGCUCCUGCUCUUCGGGGUCAUAAACUUAACAUGUACUGGUUUCCUUCUCAUGUGGUGCAGUUCUACAAACAGUAUAGCUUUAACUGCCUACACUUACCUGACCAUUUUUGACUUUUUUAGUUUAAUGACAUGCCUAAUAAGCUACUGGGUCAUGAUGAAGAAACCUAGCCCUGCCUAUUCUUUUGGCUUCGAACGACUAGAAGUCCUCGCGGUUUUUACCUCCACAGUCUUGGCGCAGUUGGGCGCUCUCUUUAUCUUAAAGGAAAGUGCAGAGCGCUUUUUGGAGCAGCCAGAGAUACACACGGGCAGGUUACUGGUUGGCACUUUCGUGGCUCUGACCUUCAACCUGUUCACAAUGCUUUCUGUUCGAAAUAAGCCUUUUGCUUAUGUCUCCGAAGCUGCUACUACAAGUUGGCUUCAAGAGCACGUGGCGGAUCUAAGUCGAAGCUUGUGUGGGAUCAUCCCCGGGGCCAGCAGCAUCUUUCUCCCACGCAUGAAUCCCUUCGUUCUGAUUGACCUGGCCGGCGCCUUUGCCCUUUGUAUCACGUACCUGCUCAUUGAGAUCGACAAUUACUUCGCCGUCGACACAGCCUCUGCCAUAGCCAUUGCAUUGAUGACCUUUGGCACCAUGUACCCCAUGAGCGUGUACAGUGGGAAGGUGUUACUGCAGACCACCCCACCCCAUGUUAUUGGCCAGUUGGAUAAACUGAUCCGUGAGGUAUCGACCUUGGACGGAGUCCUGGAAGUCCGCAACGAACACUUUUGGACUCUGGGUUUUGGUUCAUUGGCUGGGUCAGUGCACGUCAGGAUUCGACGGGACGCCAACGAGCAGAUGGUUCUGGCCCACGUGACCAACAGGCUGUACACGCUGGUCUCCACGCUGACCGUGCAAAUUUUCAAGGACGACUGGGUCCGGCCCGCCGUCAUAUCCGGGCCCAUCACCACCAACGUCCUCAACUUGUCAGACCAGCACUUCCUCCCGAUGCCCCCCGUGAGGACAGCUGAGAACGUCAACCCACUGACCUCGACCCCAGCUAAAGCCAGCAGCAGCCCCCCUCCAGAAUUUGCCUUUAAUACGCCCGGGAAGAACGUGAGCCCGCUGCUGUUCUUGAACACACAGACACGACCGUACAGCGUGGGCCUUCCUCACGGCCAUCUCCCCCACAACCACAUGCUGGCUCAGGGCCUGGGGGUGCCCAGGAUCGGGGCUACCCCAGACUUCCGGACUGGUUUCACCAGCGUGCCAAGUCGAUAUGGGACAAAUAGUCGCCUGGGACAGCCCAGACCCUGAGAGACUCGAGUGUGACUUUUGGGUUUCUUUGGGUGGGGUAGGGGCAGGUACUCCCGGCAGUGCUCAGGGGUUCCUCCUGAUGCUGCACUCAGGAAUCACCCCUGUCGGUGUUCGGGGGGACCCUCUGGGGUGCUGCGGGUGGACCAUGUGCAAGGCAAGUGCCCCCCACCACUGCAGCGUGGCCAUCGGUCCCUCAAGUGUGACUUAUUUUUCGGACUGUUGAACCCCUGACUUCCAGCUUCCUUAGUGAUCCUCUUUGUUCCUUCAUUUCCUCUAAAGUCGGAGAAUAGAGGCUUGUUCACAGUUAGUGAAAGAAUAAAAUUAUAUUUUUGUAAGAUG